AUGGCGAGCUCCAGCUCAACUAAUACCACUGGCAGAGUGUUAAAAAGAGCGCACCCCUCUACCAUCCAAGACAAAUUUCUCGUUGGGUACCAAGGAUGGUUUACUUGCCACGGCGAUGGAGAACCUGUUGGACCAGGCCACCAUGGUUGGCUACACUGGUUCAAUUACCCAAUACCUGAUGGUGGAAGACCCAACACCGAUGUCUGGCCAGAUGUCUCAUCCUACUCCCCCUCCGAACUCUACCCUGCACCAGGGCUCAAGACAAAGGCUGGAGAACCCGUCUUCUUGUUCUCAUCGCGCAAUGCAAAAACCGUCCAAAGGCAUUUUCAUUGGAUGGCCGAACAUGGAGUGGACGGUGCGUUCCUGCAGAGAUUUGCCGGACAGUGCGACCUCGAAGCUGGCAACGAAGGCAUCAUGCGUAUUCGAGAUGAGGUCGGAGAGCGCGUUCGGGAAGCAGCAGAGAAAGAAGGCCGCGUGUUUGCAAUUAUGUACGACGUGUCAGGCGUAGCUCCAGACCGCAUACAACGUAUUCUCGAGCGCGAUUGGGUGCAUCUUAUUCGUAAUAAAGGUGUCUUGGACAGUCCAAACUACCUUAGGGAGAAAGGGAAGCCUGUCGUCGCACUAUGGGGCUUCGGUUUCGACAACUCUGGACACACACCCGAGCUCGUGCAUGCAAUAACCCAGUUUUUCCGAGACACGACGCCAGGCGGUGCUUAUAUCAUGGGCGGUACACCUGCGAGUUGGCGAACUGCGGAAGGAGAUGCAGAUAGGAAUCCAAAUUUCUUGAAUGUAUGGCUAAAUGACUUUGAUGCUAUUUCCCCAUGGACGAUUGGGAGGUAUUGUACUGAGCAGGAAGCAGAUGGAUUUGCAGAGUCAAAGAUGAAGGGAGAUGUUGACAUGAUCAAGAGACAUAAUGACGAAGGUAGAGGAAGAAAGGUGGAUUAUAUUCCAGUAGUAUUCCCAGGAGGAUCGGGAUGUAACUUAUCAGAAGGCAAGUGGGGAUUCAAUAAUAUCAAACGAAACGGUGGCCGUUUUUUGUGGAAGCAAAUAUUCAACGCAAAGCGACUCGGAGUUCGUACACUAUACGGUGCAAUGUGGGAUGAGUACGACGAAGGCACGGCCUUCAUGCCUAUCGUUGAACAUAAACGAGAUCUUCCUGAAUCAGACAACUAUCGAUUUAUGGCCCUUGAUGAGGAUGGAUAUGAUGUGCCAUCUGAUUGGUUCGUCACAACUCUUUGCUUCACAUCUCCGCACAUAUUGAUGACAUCUUCUGUGCAAUACGAAAAUAGGUAUAUGAGGAUUUGUGGGUUUGCUGGAGAAGGUUUACGCAGUGAAAGAAGGAUACAUGAGACGUUUCCAGUGAAAGAAUUGCAAGACUAUUGGUCUUCGCGUCCCAGGUAUGAGGAAGUGAGCCACAAAUCUGGCGAUUUUGUUUCUGGUCCAUCAUAUGCAGCUGGUAGUGUUGCUGGCGCAGGUGGCAGCGGCGCACCGACAGUUGAUGUCGAAGGGCAGAGUUACGCAGAAUGGCUUGCGGCGCAGAAGGAAGAAAAGGAGGAACUUCCUCCUCCACCGUAUAGUCUUGAAGCUGAAGAGGAACCAUCUAGCUCAACUGUAGCUCCUACUAAUGCAGCAGCACAAGCGAACGUGUUUGUCCCUGCUGCGACCCCUCUUGGUAUGUCAUCUGGAUCUGCUCCUCUAGCUCCUGUCGGACAUACAUCAACCGCUACGAUGGCAAAUGCACCCCAAUCUUCCACACCUCACCCUCAGAGUACAGGGUCACUAGCUGCCAAUUCGUCAGGGUAUGUGAGAUCUUCUGAUUCUUCCGUCCCUAUUGCCAGCGGUCCCGGGGCACCUCAACACCAUCAGCAAGAUCCAAUCGCAAACCUUACGCAUGGUUUUGAACGGCAAAGUAUCUCAGAUUCGGUAUAUCAAAAUAGCGGAGGUGCUGCAAUUGGUGGAAAUUCAUCUGCUGGAACAUCUUCACCGACCCAUACAUCUCACUCGGUGGCUUAUGACCAUGCACACGCACCUCCUAUGCAUGUCAGCGGUAGGCAUUCGCGUCCUUCUAGUCAAUCAGGCACCAUUUCCCCGGUUCCGAGACCCUCAUCGCAGCAAAAUUACCAACAUAAUUCUCCUGUUUCCUCUGCUGUUCAUGUGCGGCCAUCAGGUCAGGCUAAUGCGACAGGCUCAUGGUCUCAAGGCCAGUGGCCGCCUCCAGACUGGAAUGUGCGUCCCAAUCAGACGGUAAACGCUCCCCCUAGUGUACCUCAUUCAACGUACCCAACUCAGUCCGGUGGGGCGAAUUUGACGAGGCCUCAGUCGUUCUCUGCUUCUUCAAACGUAGUUGUAGGGGCGUCUCUGCGCCCGAAUUCUACGAUUAGUGGGCGACCAUCCUCGGCAGCUUCUAAUCCCAUUUCUGCUGGAACCUACACUGGAGCAUCUAAUUCCGGACACCGUCCAGCGUCUCCCUAUUCCAGAACUCAAAGCCCACCUAAUACCUAUAAUUCCACUCCUUAUCCCCCGCACUCUGUAUCACCGUAUCCGCCUAAGCCAUCGAACAGUCCCCAUCCACCCGGACAGACAUCUGCGCCUUACAGCUUCCCCAACGGGCCAUCGUACCCACCUACGGCGUCUGCAUAUUCGGGUGAAGGUGGGACUUCUUAUCCUGGACAAUCUUCGGGUUCGGGAUAUCAACCUAUGCACGGUUCAAACUAUACAUGGUCAAGUGGCCCGAGCUCCCAUGCAUCUCCUCCACACAGCCCACUUGGCGUAAGCGCCUCUUCGUUCCCCGCUCAUUCAACGUAUUCCCCAUCACCGUACAAUCCAUCACAACCUCCCAUACCGCAACAAUACACAGGGCCUUCAUUCCCUUCCUCUCCUCCAGGAGGAUCGAGCCCUUACCAACCUCAGAGUCCCGAUGUGUAUUUCCCUCAAGCUCAAGCUCCAACUCCUGGCGCUGAAGGGAGCUACUACGGUCACAGCAACAAUGUGAGCAGUGGUAUCAGUAUGCCUACAAGCUCCCCGUCUGCGUAUCCCUACCCUUCACAAUACGGGUCGUCUACACCGUCUUUCCCUGGACCAAACGGACCGUCUAAUUUUGAGUAUCCACAACCGGCGACAUCUUCUGCUGCGUGGGGCCCCCCGUCUCUCCCUCCCCGUCCUCCUACACAUUCUGGGUACGGUAAACCUUCGAAUGUGCCUGCCUUUCCUUCUUCUUCGGGAGGCACAAGCUCCGUCAGCAGUGGAUUCGGGAAACUCGCAUUAAGCGCGGUCGACAAGGUCGCAGGUAAGAAGACGAGAGAGCAGCUCGAAAGUCAGGUCGCCGGUAUCGCUCAAACUGGAAAUAAGCUGUUCAACAAGUAUAUAAAUAAAUAA